AUGGAUGGAAUUGAUAAAACUCUCUUUGUCAAAGAAAAGGAUGGAAAAAUUAUGAUAGCUCAUAUCUAUGUGGAUGACAUUGUGUUUGGAGGGAUGUCAGAUGAGAUAGUCCAACAUUUUGUCAAGCAAAUGCAAUCUGAGUUUGAAAUGAGUUUGGUAGGAGAACUGGCGUACUUCCUUGGGCUCCAAGUCAAACAGAUGGAAGACUCCAUGUUUUUGUGUCAAAGCAAAUAUGCAAAGAGUAUUGUGAAGAAAUUUGGAUUGGAGAAUUCUAGUCACAAAAGAACUCCUGCACCUACCCACUUAAAGUUAUCUAAAUAUGAAAAAGGCUUAAGUGUUAACCAUGGUUUAUAUAGAAGCAUGAUUGGCAGCCAUCUAUACCUUACAACAAGUAGACCAGAUAUAAAUUUUGUUGUUGGAGUGUGUGCUAGAUAUCAAGCAGAACCCGAAGUGAGUCACAUCAAUCAAGUAAAAGGAUUCUAA